UAGAGCCUUAUCUUUCUCUCUUUCUGUAACGUAGCCCAGAAUUAUUGGUGAAUCAUUUAGGUUUUUACUCUGUAUUCGGCGUUUCCGGUAUUUGCUGCCCCAUCUUUCUGCAUUCUUGUUUUAGAUCUCCCCUCUGUUCGUCGUCAGAAAUCUUCCUCCUGAGGGGUAGUUGUGGGGAUAUCAGAGUUCCGUAGGGAAGAGAGAGAGGGGCUCUCCGUUUUCAAUACAUCUUUUACCGUCUUCUUUUGAGGGGGUAGCCGGGGCCUCGGCCUCGGCGGGUUUCAAAGCCCCCAUCUUCACAGCCCCAUACUCUAAACCUAAACACUAACCAUUUUUUUUUUUAAUCUCUUUUUAAAAUUUUAUCUUCUUAUUCAAAUUGAUCGUUGCCGAAGAGAUGCCGGCGUUGGCUUGUUGCGUAAAUGCUGCAGCACCUCUCGGCUACGCAUUUGCCGGUGACAUUUCGUUCAAUUUUCCCGGCGUAACUCCGGUUACUAGCGACGACAACCAUUGGUCGCCCUCUCUCUCCGCCGCACUCUACAAUAUUGAUGGGUGGGGUGGUCCCUACUUUGGCGUCAACUCCUCCGGGAACAUCUCUGUGCGUCCCCACGGUUCUGAGACUCUGUCCCACCAGGAGAUUGAUUUGAUGAAGACUGUGAAGAAAGCCUCGGAUCCCAAAUCUUGUGGGGGUCUUGGGCUUCAGUUUCCGCUCAUUGUUCGGUUCCCUGACGUUUUGAAAAAUCGUCUGGAGUCCCUUCAGUCGGCGUUCGAAUAUGCAAUCGAGUCUCAGGGGUACGAGUCUCAUUACCAAGGGGUAUACCCGGUGAAAUGCAACCAGGACCGGUUCGUUGUGGAAGAUAUCGUCAAAUUCGGUUCUUCGUUCCGGUUCGGUCUGGAGUCAGGGUCCAAGCCAGAGCUCCUCCUGGCUAUGAGCUGUUUGUGCAAAGGCAACGCUGAAGCCCUUUUGAUUUGCAACGGCUUCAAAGACUCUGAGUAUAUUUCUCUGGCUCUGGUUGCGAGGAAGCUGGCGUUGAAUACUGUGAUUGUUCUGGAGCAAGAGGAAGAGCUUGAUUUGAUCAUUAAAUUGAGCAAGAAGCUUUGUAUUCGUCCCGUGAUUGGUAUGCGAGCAAAGCUGCGGACCAAGCAUUCUGGGCAUUUCGGAGCGACUUCGGGGGAGAAGGGCAAGUUUGGACUCACCACCGCUCAGAUUUUGAGGGUUAUGAAGAAGCUUGAACACGCUGGCAUGCUGGAUUGCCUGCAAUUGCUGCAUUUCCACAUUGGUUCUCAAAUUCCUUCGACUACGUUGCUGGCUGAAAGUGUGGGAGAGGCUGCGCAGAUCUAUUGUGAAUUGGUUCGGUUGGGGGCUCAUAUGGGAGUUAUCGAUAUUGGAGGUGGUUUGGGCAUAGACUAUGACGGUUCAAAAUCGAGUGACUCUGAUGUCUCUGUUGGGUAUGGUCUGCAAGAGUAUGCUGCAGCUGUUGUUCAUGCAGUUCAGUAUGUCUGCGAUCAAAGGUCCAUCAAGCACCCUGUAAUCUGCAGCGAGAGUGGCAGGGCCAUUGUGUCUCAUCAUUCGGUGUUGGUUUUUGAAGCUGUUGGUGUCAGCACCCACGGAGCACCCCCGGAAUUGUCCUCCCUCGGACUUCAGUAUCUGGUGGAGGGGCUCUCGGAGGAUGCUCGUGCAGAUUAUCGUAAUCUAUCUGAUGCGGCGAUUCGAAGCGAUUACGAUACCUGCUUGUUGUACUCGGAGGAGAUGAAAGAGCGAUGUGUUGAGCAAUUCAAGAAAGGGAUUUUGGGUAUGGAACAACUCGCCGCAGUGGACGAGCUGUGUGAUUUGGUGAGGAAGGCUGUUGGGGAAGCUGAACCUGUUCGGAGAUACCACGUGAACCUUUCUGUGUUCACGUCAAUUCCUGAUGUGUGGAGCAUUGAUCAGGUGUUUCCCAUAGUACCCAUUCAUCGCCUGGAUGAGAAGCCUUCCGUGAGGGGAAUUCUCUCAGACUUGACAUGUGACAGUGAUGGGAAGAUCGACAAAUUCAUAAACGGUGAGUCCAGCUUGCCGCUUCACGAAUUGGAAGGUGGAGAUACAAGGUACUAUCUGGGAAUGUUCUUGGGUGGGGCUUACCAGGAGGCGCUCGGUGGAUUCCAUAACUUGUUUGGUGGCCCCAGCGUUGUGAGGGUGUCACAGAUCGACGGUCCACAUGGCUUCGCUGUCACCCGCGCGGUGCCUGGGCCGUCCUGUGGAGACGUUCUUCGUGUGAUGCAGCACCAGCCGGAGCUCAUGUUUGAGACGCUCAAGAACCGUGCACAAGAGUUUGUGCACGAUGACAACACUAUGCUCGACGCUGCGGCUCUGGCUACUGGCCUCGCCCGCUCCUUCAACAACAUGCCUUAUCUGCUGCCUGCGCCAUCAUCUUCCUCCUGCUGCAUAGCUGGCCUAUGUACAAGUGAUGGUGCUGUUGUCUCUGAAUCUGCUGCUCCUGUCGGAGAAGAUGAGCAUGAGCAGUGGUCUUAUUGCUGUGCUUGAGUUUGGUCUUUUAACUUUUACUUGUUUGCUGUUGGUUGUCGUCGUCUUUUAUAUUCUUCCCGUUCUCUUUUUCUUUGUUUUUUUAGUUUAGCGCAGGAUGCAGGAACUCCAACUCAGUGUCUUCUGCACUAUGUUUCGUAUUUUCGUUGUCUUAAUCUCUAUGUUCAAGUUCUAGAGCAACAAAUUUUUAUUGUUGCCUUGAUUGUUAUAUUUAGAAUAAAAUUGCUGUUAUUGACAAGUUUUAAUUUUCACUGUUUCCUUAUUUGAAUGUGUGUUUGAUCAUGCUUGGUGAUAUAGGACGAGCUAGGGUAAUAAUAGAAAA